CUGAGGAACAGGCCGGAGGACCCCCUGCCGCAGAGGAACUAGUAUUCACGGGGGCUGAAUGAAAUCCUCAUGAUCAUUACAUACUUGUUCGAUAAUAGUAUACCCCGGUCACGUCUCCUUGCAAGUGCAUUUCGCUGGAAUCACUGAGCAGAAGCAAAGAAGAGCUGAUGACUAUGUGCUGCCGAAGCAGGUUGCGGGAGCCCUGUAUUUUCUACUGGCUGCAGUUUUAUGUUUUAGUUGCAGCUUCUCCCAUCUGGAAUAUCAAAGUGGGAUUGAAGUAGAUAAUUGUUAGCAGCGGGUUUAUGAGAGAGACUGCGAGGAACAGAAUGCCUCUCACACAGCACAAACUGCUCCGUCUGAAAGAGCCGUGAAUAGAUGAUUUUUAGAUGUUACCCACAUCUAAUGCUCCUGGAAACUUUGCAGUGGAAAUGAGCCAUUGCGCCCAGUUCUUUAGUUAACAACCAAAAGGGGCAAGAAGGGGGCAGCAGGGCUAACAAUGGGACACCUUGUCCUUGGAUUUCUCACAGAAGAGCUAGCAAAUGUUUCCCUCUGCCUUCCAGUGAAAAGAGCGUGAACGCUACAAUGAACUGAAUUCUACCCAACGGAGCUCAAGUAAGCUUUUUCCACAAGGAUGGGAUACAGUGACCCCUCGUCAAGCAGGGAUUUGCUGGGGAACAGAACUUUGUUCUUCAUCUUCAUCUGUGCUUUUGCCGUGGUCACUUUGCUGCAGCAGAUCCUGUAUGGGAGAAACUAUCUCAAGAGAGGGCUGCAGUUUAGCUGGCAGAGUGGAGAGGAACUGGCAAAUUGGACCGGGACCUUUAAUUUCACGGAUGGUGGAGCAGUGAAGAGUGGCAGUGACACAGGCACCAGGUACUUUGAGUUUUAUGAAGGGCCUUUUGAAUACAACUCCACCAAAUGCCUGGAAUUAAGACAGGAUAUCAUUGAGGUGAAAGUGCUCUCUAUGGUGAAGCAAACUGAAUUGUUUGACAGGUGGAAGAGCCUACAGAUGUGCAAAUGGGAGAUGAAUGUGACAGAAGCCAACCUAUUCAAGUCAACGUUGUCAAGAUGUUGCAAUGCCCCUGCUUUUCUGUUCACCACACAGAAAAAUACUCCCCUGGGAACUAAAUUGAAAUAUGAAGUGGAUACUAGUGGAAUCUUCCAUAUCAAUCAGGAAAUCUUCAGAAUGUUUCCAAAGGAUAUGCCGUACUAUCGCUCCCAAUUUAAGAAAUGUGCUGUGGUUGGGAAUGGAGGGAUUCUCAAGAACAGCAGAUGUGGACGGGAAAUUGACAGUGCAGAUUUCGUAUUUCGAUGCAAUUUACCUCCUAUAUCUGAGAAAUAUAUCGGGGACGUUGGUGUAAAGACAGACGUUGUGACAGUCAAUCCCAGCAUUAUUACUGAGAGAUUCCAUAAACUGGAGAAAUGGAGGAAACCUUUUUAUGAUGUGCUACAGGUUUAUGAAAAUGCAUCGGUGCUGCUGCCUGCUUUCUACAACACCCGCAACACGGAUGUCUCUAUCCGGGUCAAAUACGUCCUGGACGAUUUUGCAUCUCAGCAAGCUGUCUAUUAUUUCCACCCUCAGUAUCUCAUCAACGUCUCGCGCUACUGGCUUGGUCAAGGGGUGCGUGCCAAGCGGAUUAGCACAGGAUUGAUUCUGGUGACUGCUGCCCUGGAGCUCUGUGAAGAGGUCCACCUUUUUGGCUUUUGGGCUUUCCCCAUGAACCCCUCAGGGAUUUUUAUAACUCACCAUUACUACGACAAUGUCAAACCUCGCCCUGGCUUCCAUGCAAUGCCCUCAGAAAUCUUCAACUUCCUCCACAUGCACAGCAAGGGGAUCCUGCAGGUUCAUACUGGGACUUGCAGCUGCUGUUGAUGAUGAUGAUGACGAUUUUUCCUCCGAUGUAAAAGCGCAACAGGAACUCAGUGUCUAUGUUCAGUGCAGAAGAGUUUUAUUACAUCCUGAGAUUAUGCAAUAAUUGUUCAAUAUCGAUUUCUCAAAGUAUUGCAUCCCACAGAAGCUGGAAUUCCAGCAUCCUUCCUGCUAGAUGGGGUAGGGUUAUGUGAGUUGGGUGAAGUGAAACUCAUCCAUCAUAGGAUAUGCACCGCCCUGGAAAUCAGAUCAAGAAGCACAUUUUCAAUAGGUUUUAGGGAUAUACAAAGCACAUUAGUGUAGCUAUCAUUUCACUUUCAGGAAAAGCACCAAACGGAACCCAUUAGGUAAAGCGAAUUUUAGCAUAUACUGCAGGGCAUUAGAAAGGUGUUUUGACUCAUAGACAACUGCGGGCAUUGUCGAUUUUUAUUGAAACUGCUAUUCUCUUUUAUUAGGGUUUUAAAAACAAAUUCUUUAAGCAUUAUUGUAGUUGUAAGGGGAGAGGUAUAAGCUGUGGUCUUUAUUGUGUAAUGACUCAUAGCAUCGAUGAAACAUGUCUGUGUAAUAUCUCAUGGUGAGGUUAGAUCAUUUGUGAGAAGCCAGGCAGGACAGAACAGGUGGUUAAACUGCAAUUCCCAGCAAAAUGUAACUGCAUCAAUCUUAUCCAAUCACAGCUGCCUCUUCUUUGUUUUCCCACGUACCUCCUUGUGUCUUACACGCUUCCCUCCAUUCCCCAAACACGUUUUCUUCCUGCAGUCACCAGCUCUGGACUUCUGACUAUUUCUUAGCAAAGUAAUAUGUUGGUCCCCUAGAAUUCUACCAGGGCAUGGGAGUAGUUCUCUUGAAGCCUAUGAGACUAUUCUACAUGAGGUUUGCAGAACUGAUUUUUGGGUUCAUAUGGCACCGACCCUAGGAGACGACAAGGCUCUUGCAGAUUAUUUUUUCCAGAUGAUUUUGAUGACGCACCAGAAUGAUGAGGAGCUUCUCCCAGUGGGAAAGCUUUCUCAAUAUUUACAGUAGCUGUUGGAAAGUAAAUGCUGAUGGCUAGAGGGCUGGGAGGAGAUAGAAAUGAAGUUAAACAAUAGAGACACUUCUCAUAGUUUUCUGUGUGUUUAAAUUAAAGUUAUACAUUUAAAGACCUUAAGUGUAUUCAUUAGACAUUGUCUUCUGUUGGGGACACUGCUGUGAGUGUUAUCCCAUCUUAGCACUAACCUACACCUAAAAGUUUUACUAUCGUAACAAUGUCAGUGAUGUCAGAGGGAUUUUUUUGCUCACAUAGUUAUGCUGGUAAAAGCCCUAGGGUAGCUGCAGUUUUAUAAAAGGUGCUUUAUACUGGUAUAGCUUAUUUCAGUUCCUGUACAAGAAUCAGCUGUCCUGGUAUAAGCACUUUCAUACUGUUACAGGUGUGUCCAGUCUAGGGGCUUUUUCUGUUUAAACUAUGCUGCCAUAAUUAAAGUGGCAAAUCUUUGAAGUACAGACAAGCCUUUAAUUGAAAUGUUUAGCAGCCUCCUACAUAGUAUCGGUAAUUUGAUAAACAUGUACAAUCUAACCUGGCUCAGUGUUUUCUAGGUCUAAAUAAUAUGGAGGGUGGACCCUGGGACCUGGCCUUCUCCCCUAGGUUAUAAAGAUUUGUAAAAUGAGUAGUUUAAUAUUUCCACAGGUAUCUUAUAUUUGCAAUAUUUGUCUCCAUAUUAAACUAGCCACAUCUCUUCUGGCCUAUAUGGGAGAUGCCAUUUUGGCAGUAGAUUAGAAAGCACUUAACCACUGGAAAACAAAGGUGUGAUUAAAGAGAGGUUAAAAGGCAUAGCAGAGAGAGAACCCUUCCGUUUCUUGUUACCAGUUCUGCUGAGGUCUAAUUCUUGAUCUGUUGAUGUCAAUGUUGAUGCCGAGUUAGUUUCAUACAUUGAACUUCAUGGAAUUUGUCUAGUUUGGGGGACAGAUUAAUUUAGUUCCCAUGACUUACUUUAAUGGCCUGUAGUAGAGAGCUAAUACUGCACAUCCAGAGUUCUUAAUGACUUCAGGAUAUUCUGAUUCCUCCUCCCUAUUAGGGGUUAGGGUGACCAGAUAGCAAAUGUGAAAAAUUGGGAUGGGAUGGGAGGGGGGUAAUAGGCGCCUAUAUAAGACAAAGCCCCAAAUAUCGGGACUGUCCCUAUAAAAUUGGCACAUCUCGUCACCCUAUUAGGGGUAGGCCAAGGAUGUGGAAGUUGGAUCCAGACAAGAAUUAUGUUGCCGUCUUUUUCAGAAACCAAAUUUGCCAAAUCUGACAAGCUCUCUCCUCUCCCUGCCCUAUUCCAACACUAUUUCCUUCCCUUCUUCCUUCCCUUCCUCUUUCUGACCCUGAGAUCUUUCUUCUGCUGUUUGGCUUUAAUCCAUCAAACCUCUCUCUCCCUAGCUGUUUAUAAUAUUUCUAUCAAUUUAGCAUCUAACCCUUCUUACCUCCUUUCAUUCCGGUUUCCCUUUCUAAAGGCCCAUUUGAAGUCAAACACAAAACUUAUUGAUUCUAGUAGUAGCAGUCCGAAUUCUCUAUCUCCAUUGACAACUGCACUUUCCUUCCUAUUUUCCAGGCCCACAACCUUGGUGUUAUCUUAGACUCUUCUCUCUCUCUCUAUAUCCAGUCUCUCACCAAAUUGUCUAAAUUCAGCUUGCUGAAUAUCAAUAAUAUCUGCUCUCUUUCUCCAGCCCCACCAUUAAAAACUUACUUGCUGGUUCUCUCUCACUUGUAUGACUGGAACUUGCACCCAUCUUGUCUCCCUGCUUCUCACCUCUCCUUUCUAGUCUUCUUUCUGUUUCCCCGUUCUGUCACCUCAGUCCUCUCCUUAAGACCCUCCAUAGUUCCCUGUCUCUUACUAUGUCAAAAUCAGUCCCCUACACAGCCCUGUGUGAUCUCACCUCACCUUUAUCUCACAAUGCUUCUUUCAUUUCUCCCCCUCCGCCACCCUCUGCCCAUGCACUUCCCAAACUUUUCCCAUGGCUUCCUACAUCUUUAUACCCUAUUCACCUGAGACACUCUUGCUGUCCUCUCUCUCUUCCUUCAACCUCACCUCUUCAAAAAAUACACUUUCUCAUUUUCCUCACCUGAAUUGUGGUCCACUGUCGUCUUAUUUAGUUAAGAAGUCCUACGUCAGGAAACAUGCCUUAAUUGGCAUGUAAAGAGCUGUGUACCUUAAUGGGGCUACAGGAGGAUCUGAUAUAAGGUUUUGGCUAGGUUUUGAGUCUGAAUCAGGGGCCUAGGGUUUUUAGUUUACAAUGUAGAGAUCUCAGAAGCUGUUCUUGCAAGACUUGGACUCUCUCCUUUGAAAUUUGGUUUCAGAGCUCCUUCCCAUCCCUACGUCUAUCAAAAUUGCUUCCAUUAUAAACAAAACAUAAAGAAAACAAAUCUAAAAGGAAGAGAUGUACAGUUGUCUUCAUUCAAAAGUCAGAGUUUCCCAGCAGUGACCAGGAUGGUGUUUGGAGAUGCUCCCAUACCUCCCUUUCCUUAGAACAAGAAAUACUGUGAUAUUUAAGAUUUUUGCAGCCUGUUGACUAUGUAACAUCCAUCACUGUAAUUGAUUAUAGCAUUUCAGAGCUCCUAGGGGGAAGAUCACAGGGGAAAAUACCAAGUGAAACAGAAGAGAUGCCCAUGCUCCAGGGUCCUGUAGUUUUGUUGUCAUGCUGUAGGCACCGAAGGUAUAUUACAUUUGAGCAAGCAUUGAUUUAUAUUUAAAAGACAUAAAAUACUAAGCACACAGUAUGUGAGCUGUUGAAUGCCUGAGUGCGUGGAAUGUUUUUCCUUGAUUUAAUAUGCAAAAGAGGGCUGCAUCUUUGAUGUGUCAAUUAAACUAAUGUAUGUAUAGGGCCUUGAUGGUAAAAGUGCUAUAUACAGAGCAAUGUGGACUAGUGGCUAGGGCAUUUGAGUGUGAUUAGGAGGUUUGAGUUCUAUUCCCGCUGCUGACUUGCUGAGUGACCUUAGACAAGUCAUUUUAACUUCUGGGCCUCAGUUUCUCCAUCUGUGAAAUAGGGAUAAUAGUGGUCACCUACUGUUCACAGCAUACCCUGAGCGCCUCGGAUGAAUAAUGUGAUGUAAGAGUCAAUCUUGCUGUUAGAGUGUGCAUAACAUUUUUCAUUCUUAAAGUGUUCCACAAACACCAGUUAGCUUAUCCCCACAACUCCCUCGUGAGGUAGCUAAGGGUUAACGUCCCCAGUUUAUGCUUGAAGAAACUGGGGCAGAGGUAAAUUAGGUGAAUUAUCACAAGGUGAGUCAGUGUCAAAGUUGGGAUUAGAACUGGUGCACAGUGCCUUGCCUAGCUCUCUAGACAACAUUGCCUUUUGUUGUGUGUUAAGCUUGAUAAUAAUAAGAGUGAUCCUGAAUCCCUGACUCAGUUUUGACUGGUUCUGCCUGACUAUGGAUUGAGUAAUGAUGUCAGCAUUUGGCUUAAUAUCGCUUUGCUGCUCUUUUUGCUAUGGUUACUUCCUUUGCUGAGGAAAUGUCCUUGCUUUAUUGGUUGACGUGAACAACAGUGACUGAAAGGAGUCUGAUGUAUUUUGACAGAUACUUAUAACAAGGGAAGACUUGGAAAAGCAUCUGUAAGUGAGGAGAAAAUGGUGCAAAUCUGCCUUUUCAUUAUAAGAAAGUGUGUCAAUUUUUAGGAUGGGAAAGAGGAUAAUAGAAAACACAACUACAGGGUAACAGGCCUUUCCUUUUCUUUGUUUGCUUUACAUAACUGAUUGACGUACCUCGACCGGGGUUACACUGUAAUAGGUGCACUUUUACUGUCUUUAGAAUUUGAUUAUGAUUCUAUAAUUACUCUAUUUUUUUAACAAUUUAAAAAUGUAUAUGCAAGAUACUUACACAUCUGCACCAAAGGCCCAGUCCUGCAAUGUUUAUCCAGAUGAAAUUCCCAUGGAAGUAAAUGGGAGUUUUGUUUGUGUAGGGACUGCAGAAACGGGCCUCAAACAUGUGUAGGAAGCUUUUCAUUAUAGUGUACAUAGCUGUAUAAAAUUAGAUCUAUACAGUCAUAUACAAACUAUGUAGGUCUAGAAAAACCCAUAUUGUAUAUGAUUAGCCUAUGAAAUAACAUGUAUGCUAUUUCCUGGAGAGUUUGUUUACCUGCCUGGUAUGUUUUGCAGAGUGUUGCUCAAAAGUUGACUUGUGAAAAGUGAAUGGAGGUUUGAAAAUGCCCCAAAUAGAAACUUUAGCCCAGUUCUCAUCUUGGGCCCCAGUUCUGCAUUAGGCUCCAUAAAGUCAGAUGCCUGCGUCCCCACAAUGACUUCAGUGGGGCUCUGUGCAGUUGCAGGGGUCUAGCUUCAUGGAGCAGCUUUCAGGAUGGGGUGGGGGUGGGGUGAGACCACGGAAUGCUGUUCCACUCUUUCCAGGAUGCAAAUAAAUAUAACGGAGGGAAACAACACCCCUCAGAUGCACAGUGGACAUUACCUAUAAAAUGUUACUGUAGAAUGAGUUGCACAGUGGUCAGUGCCAGAGUUUAUGGCAUAGGCACCCUGCCUGAUGCGGCAGCUUAAUCAAAAGGAGGAAAAGAAGGAUUUUAGGGAGCGCCUCACCAUCCUUUUUUAAUACCAUCAUUUCUUAUCCUGUUCAAGUACUCUUAAGCUUAAGAAAAUACCUUCUUGAAAUCAGGAAGCUCAUUGAAUUUGAUGGUAUUUUGCUUCCCUUCCCCCUCAUUCAAACACUGAAUGGUAAAUGACUACCUACGAAGGAGUACAGUGGUGGCAGAUGACAGAACAAGAAGCAAUGGUCUUGGGUUGCAGUGGGGGAGGUCUAGGUUGGAUAUUAGGAAACACUAUUUCACUAGGAGGGUG